AUGGCCGCUGAACCCAACAUCAAAAUCGCUACCAGCACCCCCACAUCUUUGAGAGGCAGUCCAUCAGACCGCAUCAUCAAACCACGACCCCGCAAAGAUUCACUGCAGUCCAUCUCUGGUUCCGAUACUCAUCCGGGUCGAGUGGUGAAGCCUCGCGCUCGAAAGUCCCCCGGCUCCGGAGCCAAGAGAUCCGAACCGGCCAAGCGAAAGUUCAUCUGUUCGUUCUCCCACUAUGGUUGCGACGUCGCCUUGAGCUCCAAGAACGAAUGGAAGCGCCAUGUCUCCAUUCAACAUCUGCAGCUGGGCUUCUAUCGUUGUGAUGUUGGAUCAUGCAACCCCGACCUGAACCCCAACGUCCCCGGUCACAAACGUGUCUAUAAUGACUUCAACCGUAAGGAUCUCUUCACUCAGCACCAUCGGCGUAUGCACAAGCCUGACGGUGGGCCUGGUACCACCCCAUAUGCCCCCACCAACGCCGAUCCCAAGGAUUGGAGAGCAUUCGAGGACAGCCUUGAAGAUGUCCGGAACCGCUGUUGGGUAGAAAAAAGAAAACCCCCUCAGCGAAGCACUUGCGGCUUCUGUGGCCGAGUGUUCGAAGGUGAAGGCAGUUGGAAUGAACGCAUGGAGCAUGUCGGAGGUCACUUUUCGCGCGACAUAGUCGAGGCAAAGGAAGAGCGAGAAGACGAGGAUUUGACAUUGUGGGCCAUACAGGAAGGCAUCAUCAAAGACGCCGGCAAUGGUCGUCAUGUUCUCAUUGACCAACCGCCCAUCGCUGGUGAGAGGCCCUAUCUGACGAGAGGAGAUCGGGACGUUCUCAUGGCAGAUGCUCCAAGCUCUGAUGGCGUUUCACGCGACCUUGAACAGUCUCCGUCACUGAGUGCGACUUCUAGACGACCAGAGUCUGAGAGGGGAGACUAUUACCAGAAAUUAGACAGUCCUCGAGAACCGCGUCGCCUGAGCAAUGCUUUGCCUCCGAGCACGAAUGGCACACCUCGUGCACCCUCCGCGCCUCUGCUGCAGCCCGCUCCUGCACCUUCGGCAGCUGGACAAGCCAUCGCGCCCUCUCCAUCCAGCUCUGCGGCAGCACCAAAUUUGGCACCCGCCCCAUCACCUAGGGCCAGCCAAGUGCAACCCCAACCGCCUCCGACUCCUCCUGGCCGAGGCUAUAAUCUUGCGCCUCCGCCCUUACAGAAGACUAGGCAAUCGUCUGCUCCUGCAGGUGAAACCGAGGCCGGGAGCGGCGACCGGCUUGAGGAUCUUAUAAACCAACUGAUCCGGCCGAAGCCGCCUAAGACCCAUCGACGAUUGACUUGGAAAUGCGAUUGCAACCUUGAAAUGUCCGUUGACAUUGACGAUGCGGAUAAACAGGCCAUUGAAACCCUUCAAGACAUCAGCAUCAUCUGCAGCAAGGCGUCCAACCCUUAUCUCAAGGUGGCCAAGACCGGAAAAUAUCACGUUGUGGCAUGCGACGAGCUGGCUGGAUACAUUUUCCAGAAUUCGAAACAACCAGUUGAGCAACACAAUCGACCGGAGGAAACGACCGUGAGCUAG